CAGGUUUAUCGUACUUUAAGGUUUUGGAACUAACAUUAGUAGUUCGCAAGUGAACAACUUAAAAGUAGAACUAGCGUUAAACUUAAAGUUCACCAGUGCUUUGAUGUGUUGUGCAUAAGUUGUCGAUCCUUUCUGCCUUUCAAAAAUGAAAUGGCAUUUCUUCUAUCGAAAUCGUAUCGAUACGUCGUAACACGGAAGUUAUUUGCACAAGUGUUGGUCAUGGCAUCAAAGAGAGCGGCCCCAAGCUCAGACUUGGCGGCAUUGAGAAGGGUGUUUGACAAGGCCCAGCGCAUCGUUGUGUUGACUGGAGCUGGAGUGAGUGCCGAAAGUGGGGUGCCAACAUUCCGGGGGGCAGGUGGACUGUGGCGCACAUGGCAAGCACAGGAUUUAGCAACACCAGAGGCGUUUGAAAGGAACCCAUCCUUAGUGUGGGAGUUUUAUCACUACAGAAGGGAAGUGAUGGCAUCCAAGCACCCAAAUCAGGCCCACAUUGCUAUAGCAGAGUGUGAGAAGAGAUUGGAGGAGCAAGGGCGACGGGUUGUUGUGAUUACCCAAAACAUAGAUGAACUGCACUUGCGAGCAGGCUCUAAAAAUAUUAUUGAAUUACAUGGCAACCUGUUUACAACAAAAUGCUUGAAAUGCAGAACAGUUGAAAAGAACUAUGACAGUCCCAUAUGUGAAGCCCUCAGAGGGAAAGGGGCUCCAAACCCAGAUGCAGCAGAUGCAAGAAUUGCCAUAGAAAACCUACCAAAAUGCAAACAGGAAGGCUGUGAUGGAAUGACAAGACCGAAUGUUGUGUGGUUUGGAGAAUCUUUGGAUCCUGAUGUACUAGAGAAGUCACACAAUGAACUUAACUUAUGUGAUCUAUGUCUUGUGGUGAGUGCUACCUAUGUGCUGUGGUUGGUACUUCUUCAGUGGUCUACCCGGCAGCCAUGUUUGCACCAACUGUGGCUAAGAGAGGGAUUCCUGUAGCAGAGUUUAACAUUGAACCAACAUCGGCAACACAACACUUUGGGUUUCAUUUUGAGGGGCAAUGUGGAAGCACUCUUCCUGCUGCUUUAGCUCCAACUGAGAGUGAACAGCAUUACAAAAAACCUUAGCAUUUGUGAUCCUGUGACAUUUGUGGUACAACAUGUGUACAAUUCUUUGUGUAUUUAAUGGCUGUUGAGAAGUAUGCCCAUUUUGAGCAAUUCACAAAGUUUACAAUGUUAAAAUGUGUUGUUUGCAGUUGUGAUCCUUAUUAUCAUCUGUGUUUAUCAAAUGCAGCUAGUUUAACAAUGCAUGAUCAACACAAUCAUCAAAUCUCAACAACUUUGUAAAUUAAAAUAGGUGAGGGAGAGGGAGAGGGAGAGAGAGAGAGAGAAAGGGAGAGGGAGAUAUGCAAAGACCUACCGUAUAUACUGUAUUGUUGAUACUCAAUAACAUACUGUGUUGCAAAGAUCUACAAGACCCAUUACUGUCAAGACCCAAUACACAUAUUGGAUAUACCCAAUACACAUAUUGGAUAUAUAAGGACCAUAUAUACAUACAGUAGUGUCUCGACCCAAUAGAAUUAUUAUGCUCCCUGAAAAUUUUCGGGGGGCAUAUAAUUGUCAGUAUGAAGUUCCUUACUUCCGUCACACUUUUGUUACAGAUUAUCAUAGCGCCUUCAAUAUUUUUCGGAUCUCUUACAUAUUUGGCAUGUAGCUAUCUUUAAUGGACCUCUACCUUUUGAUGAGGUUUGAGGUCAGUGGUGUCAAGGUCAAGAUCACUGAGGCUAAUAAUAGAUUUUCUGUCAUAAUUUUGUUACAGUUUCUCAUAGCGACUUUUACCGUUCUCUUACAUAUUUAGCAUGUAUGUACAUUGCAUGGAACUUUACCUUUUGAUGAGAUUUGAGGUCACUGGGGUCAAGUUCAAGGUCACCAAGGCUAAAAAGAGAUUUUCCGUCACAAUUUUGUUACAGUUUCUCAUAGCGCAGUUCCUCAUAGCGCCUUCAAUAUUUUACCGAUCUCUUACAUAUUUGGCAUGUUAGUUCCUUGCAUGUACCACUACCUUUUGAUAAGGUUUGAGGUCACUGGGGUCAAGGUCACCGAGGCUAAUAAUAGAUUUUUUUGGGUGUUUAUUAACACAUAGAUUGACAAAGUACAUCAUCGGGGAGCAUCCAUCAGUUUCACAGAUAUUUCUUGUUUAACCUUUUUAUUGUAAGCUUGCUUGCAUAAAAAAUCUAAUCUUGAUUCUGUUUCCUGGGUAGAACCAGUAUGUUUUUUAGGGAGAACUAAAGAACACUUGGACAGUGUGGUCAGAAUCUGUGCCCUACUGGUGGCUUCACCACUGCAUAUGGAUUGUCAAGUCUCAGUGUGCAAAUUGUAUGGUCAAGACCAUUUAUAAGCAUACUGUAUUGCAAAGACCAAAUUGCAUUGCAUAAACUGAAUUAAGAUUUUGUAUUGCAAAGACCCCCAUUGGCUUACUAAUUGUAUGCAUAAUAUAUUUUUUCAGACUAAAUAUGCUUACUGUAUUGUGAAUACCCAGUUUGCAUAAUGUAUUGUUGAGACCUUAUAAUUCUUUUGUUUUCAGGACCAAAUAUGCACUGUGAUGAUUAGAACCAAAAAUGCAUUCUGUAUUCCUAAGAACCAUUAUUUUUAAACACAACUGCUUUUCUGAAGCCUCAACAAGAGGAUUUACCAUGGGUUGUUCUAUACAAAUUAUAGGCAGAGACAAGAAUUUUGAAAAUGUUUCAUGGAAGUUGUAAGGUAAUACGCAAGUGCAUGCUUGCUGCUUCUGUAUAAUUCAUCAUUACAUUUACACAAAGUUAACUUUACCUAACUUUUUUAUUUGAGUCAAUAUUCACAGGGAGAUUGAUUGCAUUGACAAAGUAUUGUACCUUAGAUUUUAUCAAUGUGUUUCAUUUUUAAUUAGGAAAUGGUUGUUAUUGCCUGUUAAUGUAAGAUGAUGCCCUUGGUCACAAGGGUAAAUAUUCUGUAAAUAAAGAUGGUGCUCAUA